AGGGAAUGAUCCACCUUUUAUAAGAUAUUUGAUCAUUUCCACAACCACUAUCUAAUCUCGGGAACAUCAGAAUCAAACCAAAUCGUAGUAAUAUGCCAAAUUUUCAUUCUUAUUUGUUAUUAUCAUAUAAGAGUAAGAUACGCACUCUGUAUGAACAGCUUGAGAUAAUAAAUAAUCUUAACAAUAUGCUCAAAAAUUAUUCCAUUUAAGUUAGUUUAAAUAAGAAUGGAGUCGCGUGUACAUGUUUUGGAACAUAUACCAAUUAAAGCCAAUUUGAGUGAAGAUGAAGUGAAACAAAUUGCUUGGCAAUUGUAUGGUGAAAAAGUGAUUUCAGUUAAGGAAUUAAAUGGUUACGAUGAUAAAAAUUUCCAUAUAAAAAACGAAGAAGGGAAUGAGUUUAUUAUGAAAUUCAUUAAUUCAAUCGAUUCGAAUAAUCCUGAAAUAUUUGAAGCACAGUCACUCUUGUUAGUACAUUUGAAGAAAAAUGGAAUCCCAUGCCCAAUGCCAAUUAAAACAAAAAGCGGUCAGUAUUAUGAGAAAUGCCAAUUGAAGAGUGGCAGUCACAUAGUGAGAGCUUUGAAAUUCAUGGAAGGUAUUGUGUUAGCUGAAAUCUCAUGGAAUAAUAACCUAUUUUACGAGAUUGGUAGAUCUGCCGCAAACAUGGAUAAUGCUAUGGCGAGUUUCCAACAUCCGGCAUACGACAAUUACAAAUCGCUUUGGAUGCUGGAAUCAGUACCAGAAAUAUUACAUUUUUUGUCUGCAGUAAAUGAUUCCGACAAACAGCAAUUAAUAACAACAAUAGUGCAUGAAUUCAAAGAAAAGUUAUUGCUUCGCUCAAAAAACUUUCAAAGGGGACUGAUACAUGGAGAUUUUAAUGAACAAAAUAUUAUAGUCGAUAAAACUGAUAAAGGACAAUAUGAAGUAAAAGCAAUCAUUGAUUAUGGUGAUUGUCAUAUAGGAUUUUAUGUAUAUGAAUUGGCUAUAACAAUGACAUAUAUGAUACUAUUAGCUAAGAAUAUUGGGGCAGGUGGAUAUGUUUUCAUGGGUUACGUUUCAGUUAGACCUAUGAGCAAAGAGGAAUGUUCAUUCAUAAAGUUGUGCAUAGCUGCAAGAUUAUGUCAGUCGCUAGUUAUGGGAGCUUAUACAAAUCAGCAGGAUCCAACAAAUACAUAUGUUUUGAUUACAGCAGUGUAUGGGUGGCAAUUACUUGAGGAACUAUGGAAUGAGGAUGAUGAGAACUUGUUACAAUUAUGGAAUAUCGCUUCAAACAACAAAAUUACAUAGCA